AUGGCAGCAAGAACACCAUCGAAUGCAAGUCCUUUUUCUCCAGAACUUCAAACUUUUGUUGUCACCAAAUAUGACCCUUUGCUGGCAAUUGUGAGGGAACUUAACACGAGGCUGCAGGCUUCUGAAAAAGAGCGAAUGCGUCUGGAGAGAAGAGUGCAGCGGCUGGAGCAGCAAGUGAUUUCUUUAGCAGCAGCAGCAGAAUCGGGAACUCCAUUUAAAGCAGCAGCAGCAGCAGCAGAUCUCGACGCAGACGCCCCCGCAGGCAGGCAUGCUGUGCAAGAACUGCUGGAGGGGGAGGAGGCGCUGGCGGCCCCGUGGCUGUUCUCGUGUCAGAUCGGAACCCCCACUUCUGCGCUCCAAGUUCUUCUCGAGUUCUCUCCAGAUUCAACUUUGGAAAUCGAUUGCAAAAUGUGGAAAAGAGAGGAAGAUCUUUGGAUUUCUCUUUUGGAAGAACUCCCUGACGAAUUUGCCUUUCGUCGCCCGGACUCGCUGCAGCUGCUGGAUUUGCGGAGGGCUGCUCGCAGGGCUCUUCUGGAAUUCUGCAGAGGAGAAGUUCUCAUUCUUUUGCGAAGUGUUCCGGGAAGAAGAGAAGCUCCAAAUAAUCCCACUGCAAUUACUUUAGUUGCCAUUCUUGCUGCAGCUCUUUCGGAAGCCUGGAGCCGCGUGGAGGCGGGGGAGCCAGAGGCGUUGGGUCGGGUGGCUCUGGUGCUGGACGCCCAUCGGUCGCUCAGCAGCAGCAGCAGCAGCAGCAGCAGCAGCAGCGGGGAGGGUGCAGCUGCAGAAGCUGAGCUGCUGCAGCGCCUUGCUGCAGCAGCAGCAGCAGAGCUGGACCCCAUAGUUCUGGUGUCUGUACACCUCGCCAGGGCCUUCAGGCUUUUCCUGCAGCAGCGGCUGCCCUUCCUGGUCUUCCCGCCUCCCCCAGCAGCAGCAGCAGCAGCAGCAGCAGCAGCAAAGCCGCACCCACCGUUCAGCGCAGGCGCUGCGCUCGUGCUGCUGCACCUCGAGCAGCUGCUGCUGCUGCAUGCGCACUUCAAAGCCAUCAGCAGCAAAGCAGCAGCAGAACUGAUGGCAGACGCAGACAGCAACGCCCCAGUCAGGUGUACGUACACCGCGCAGCAGCAGCAGCAGCAGCAGCAGCAGAAGGAAGAGGGAGGCGUUUUCUCAGAAGAGGAAGCAGCAGAUCUCUGGGAGGAAGACACGCUGCUCAGCAGCAGCAGCAGCAGCAGAAGCAGCAGCAGCGACACAGAAUCGCUGCAGCCACACACAGCAGCACGCAGCAGCAGCAGCAUCAAUGCAAACGCCACGGAGGCAGCAGCAGCAGCAGCAGCAGCAGCAGAUAAAGAGCUGCAGCAGCAAACUGCAGCAGCAGCAGCAAUUAAGCCCGUGGAAGCAGCACCGCACUUAAGCGUUCUGGGUCAAGUUUUGGACUUUCUUCUUUUCGCAGCUUUUCAGCGCAUGUCCGCUUUGGGUGUACAGACAGCUGCGGACCACUACUGCGAAGGAGUAAUAGCUCCGGCUUUGUGUCUUUUUGCAAAAGAGACAAAAAGUCAAUUUGGAGUUCUUUUGUCUCCUUUCGAGUGUCUAGACACCUGCGCCUUGCUGCUGGAGUCUCUUUGCUGCACCCAAACCCUAAUGCAGCGGCUCCACUUCGCGCAGAGACUCCCCACACUGUAUAGACAGCUGGUGGACUUGGAGCGCCUGAUGAUGCAGCAUUUGUGCGAAGAAGUGAAGGAGAAAUUAGAGUGCACCCCUCAGGAGUCUUUCCCCGAAUUUCUUUCUUCUUUUGCUCCAGCAGCAGCAGCAUUUCGGCGGCCCCGUGCUGCUGCGCUGCAGCAGCAGGUGUACGUACACCUGGAGCAGCAGCUGCGGCAGCAGCUAAAAUCUUUUGCUGCUUCUUCUUCGAAGCAAAAGAGCAGCAAUGUGAUUCUCCAAAACAUUAUCUGCCAAAGCAAGGAGACAGUGCAGCAGCUGAAGGCUGCGUUUCAGUUGCAGACACUUAAAGAUGAAAUGCCCCUCACAUUCUCUUUGCUGCAGCUCUUUGCUGAAUCGGGGGAGAAGCUGAAGCAGCACCGCUUGCUGCUGCAGCAGGUGCAGCAGCAGCUGCAACACCACAUGCAGCAGCAAGGCAAUGCUGCUGCUGCUGCUGCUGCAGCAUUCAGCAACACGCUGAGGUCGGUGCAGCAAGCAGCAGCUGUCUGGAAGCCACGCGCCAGCCUAGAGCAGCAGCAGCAGCAGCAGCAGCAGCAGCUAGAGGACCGGGGCAUAUCAGAGGCAGUCAAGAAAUUCUGCAAUGUGAUGCAGCUUCCACUCCUAUCUCCCGCUGACGCUUUGCUGCUCGUCAAUUUGCUGCUGGACCCUUCAGUGCAGCAGCAGCAGCAGCAGCACAAGCAGCAUCACAAGCAGCGGAAUCGCUGA